CCCUCCCUCCAACAUGGCGGCCUAGAGGAACGUACACGCUCGUUUGUUGACAUUUAUUUAAAACCUACCUUACGCUGUGUUAGUGGAUUUACAGCUACUUCAACCAUGUCGAGACUCAUCGUUAAAAACCUCCCCAACGGGAUGAAGGAGGAGAGGUUCAGGUCGAUGUUUGCUGACUUUGGGACUCUGACAGACUGCUCCCUGAAGUUUACUAAAGACGGCAAGUUCCGCAAGUUCGGCUUUGUGGGGUUUAAAACCGAGGACGACGCUACCAGAGCUCUGAGACAUUUCCACAAGAGCUUCGUGGACACGUCCAGAGUCACGGUGGAGAUGUGUAAAGCGUUUGGAGACCCCACUAAAGCGAAAGCCUGGAGUAAACACACACAGAACUCAGGCCAGGAUAAACCCUCUGCUCCUCCUGACACCGAGAGCAAAAAGCAAAAGAACAAGAAAAAGGAAACCACCAGUGUCCUCGGAAAUCUGGAAGAGGAACCAGGAUUCAAGGAGUUCCUGUCAGUGCAUCAGAACCGUAGCCAAGCACCGAUCUGGGCGAACGACACUGAUCCCGACAGUGGACAAAAGAAAACACAGAGCAAGAAGAAACCUGCUUCAGACGAUUACCUCAACUUUGAUUCAGACCAGUCAGAGGAUGAGGAGGACGCAGGAGAAUGUGAUGAUGAGGAAGAAGAUGAAGGUUCCACUAAAGAAGCACUGAAGUCCGGCUUAUCCGAUAUGGACUACCUGCGCUCAAAGAUGGCACGAACAGAGGAUGUCAUGGAGGAGAGUGAAGAGAAGGAAGAUGGUGGCGACGAAGAAGAGGAUGAUGGUCCUGUGCAACCCACAGACAGUGCCUAUGAAAGCGGCGACAGAGAAAAGACCGUAACCUCAGUUUCCUCUCAGGAUAAGAAGCAGAGCAAAGCAAAGAAAACUGGCAAGCAGGAGAUGGAGCCAACGACAGAGUUCACAGUGAAACUGAGAGGAGCCCCGUUCAGCGUUAAAGAGCAACAAAUUCGAGAGUUCAUGACUCCGCUGAAGCCGGCGGCUGUGAGGAUUGGGAAGAAUGAAAGUGGAAAUAGAACAGGUUAUGUAUAUGUGGACCUGCACUCUGAAGAGGAGGUGAAAAAGGCCUUGACAAAGAAUAAAGAUUACAUAGGGGGGCGUUACAUUGAGGUCUUCCGUGUGGAUGCCUCUGGGGCUAAGGGAAAGUGGGACAGAAAGGACAAAGAAAUCGACAGAAACUUCACCAGGAAGCUCAAAGAGGAUGAGGAGGAGGAAGAUGUUUCAGAGACAGGACGGCUCUUCAUCAGAAAUCUUCCUUACACCUGCACAGAGGAAGAGCUUAAAGAGCUGUUUGCUAAACAUGGUCCUUUAUCUGAUGUGCUCUUCCCUAUUGACAAUCUGACCAAGAAACCUAAAGGGUUUGCUUUUGUGACAUAUAUGAUACCAGAGAACGCUGUGACAGCUCUGGCUCAGCUAGAUGGUCACAUAUUUCAGGGGAGAAUGCUUCACCUACUUCCGUCCACAGUGAAGAAAGAACAGGCGGACUCCUCUGACGCUGGUGGCCCCGGCUCCUCAUCUUACAAACGACAAAGAGAUGCUAAAAAUAAAACUACAAGUUCCAGCUCACACAACUGGAACACGUUGUUCCUGGGUACAAGUGCAGUGGCAGAUGCCAUUGCUGAAAAAUACAACACCACCAAAAGCCAAGUCCUGGACCACGAGUCAAAGGGAAGUGUUGCAGUGAGGAUGGCCCUGGGAGAAACACAGAUCGUCCAGGAGACUCGACAGUUCCUACUAGACAACGGCGUCAGUCUGGAUUCUUUUAGUCAGGCGGCCGCAGCCAGAAGCACAACUGUGAUCCUGGUUAAAAACCUUCCAGCCGGAGUGACGGUAUCGGAGCUCGAGGAGCUCUUCUCGCCUCAUGGCUCUUUGGGCCGAGUGCUGCUGCCGCCGUCAGGGCUCAGCGCAAUCGUCGAGUUCCUGGAACCAACCGAAGCAAAACGAGCCUUCACGCGACUGGCUUAUAGCAAGUUCCACCAUGUCCCAUUGUACCUGGAGUGGGCACCUGUCGGGGUGUUUGUGUCGACCAAACCACAGCCAGACAAAGAGGAGGCAGUGAAAGUGGAGAAGAAGAAGGAGGAAGAAGAAAAAGAGGAGGAUGAGGAAGAGGAGGAGGAGGAGGAGGAAUCUGUUCCAGGUUCAACACUGUUCAUUAAGAAUCUCAAUUUCAGCACAACAGAGGAGAAACUACAAGAGACAUUCUCCAAAUGUGGUAAAGUCAAAUCCUGCACUAUCUCCAAGAAGAAAGAUAAAGCAGGUAAAAUGCUGUCUAUGGGUUACGGUUUUGUUCAGUAUCAGACAGCAGAGGCAGCACAAAAGGCCAUGAGGCAGCUACAGCACUGUAAUUUGGAUGAUCACCAGUUAGAGCUGAAGAUUUCUGAGAAAGCCACAAGAAAUACUGAGUUGACCCGCAAGAAGAAGCAAGUUGAGAAGAAGCAGAAGGGAUCCAAGAUCCUUGUGCGCAAUGUUCCCUUCCAAGCUACUGUGCGGGAAAUUCGAGAACUCUUCUGUACAUUUGGGGAGCUGAAGUUUGUCCGUCUCCCAAAGAAAGCGGCUGGAUCAGGAAAUCAUAGGGGAUUUGGUUUCGUAGAUUUCCUCACCAAACAGGAUGCCAAGAGAGCUUUUACUGCGCUGUGCCACAGCACCCAUCUGUACGGGAGACGUCUUGUGCUAGAGUGGGCCGAUGCCGAGGAAACAGUAGAAUCACUCAGACGAAAAACAGCUGAACAUUUUCACGUGGCUACAAAAAAGCAGCGAAAAGCAGAAGUUUUGGAAGGAAUUCUGGAGACGAUGGAAACUGAUGACAAUGUAGCGGACUGAAACCACUGAACGUUGCUCAAUCCCGACCAGCGCUCCUGUGUUGAUCUGUUGGAAUAAGAACAAAACAUGGACUAAUGGUGUCUGCAAGAGGAGCAAAUUAUGAUGAAUUUAUUGACAGAUUUUUCAGAAGUUUUCUUGUGAAUUUCUUAUGUGUUUUGUAUAGAUUGAGAACUCAAAGAGACAUGAUGGGGCUGAUGUCAGUUUAUAUAAAAUUUUAAGAUUUCAAAGCU